AUGUUGAUUAAAGAGUUUCGUGUAGUACUUCCAUUUACCGUCGAUGAAUAUCGUGUCGGACAAUUAUUCUCUGUCGCCAAGACAAGUUCACAAGAAACAUCUAAUGGUGAAGGUGUUGAAGUUUUGAAAAAUGAACCAUACAAGAAUGAAGAUAGUGAAGGUCAAUAUACUGAAAAGAUUUAUCAUUUGGGAUCUCGUUUACCAGGAUGGGUUAGAGCUCUCAUUCCAUCAAGUGCUUUGAAAUUAGAAGAGAAGGCUUGGAAUGCUUACCCAUACUGCAAGACUGUUCUCAAGAGUCCAUUCUUGGGUGAAAGAUUCACCUUUAUCAUUGAAUCUCGUCAUGCUUUGGAUAAUGGUUCCCAAAAUAAUAUUCACAACCUUUCUGAAAAGGAUUUAAAGAAUAGAGAUAUUGAGAUUAUUGAUAUUACAGAUCAAGUUGAAAAGAAGGAAUACAAAGCAGAAGAAGAUCCAACACUUGUACGCUCAGAAAAGGCCAACCGUGGUCCAUUGGCUCAUGGCACUUGGAUGCAAUCCAAAGACUUCCCAGUUAUGUGUGCCUAUAAACUUGUAACAGUAGAAUUCAAGAUGUUUGGUUUCCAAACCAAGGUUGAAAACUUUAUGAUGAAGAUUGAAAAGGAUCUCUUUACCAAAUUCCAUCGUCAAGUAUAUUGUUGGUUGGACGAAUGGUUUGGCUGGUCCAUGGAUCAAGUCAGAGAAUACGAACAAAAGACCAAGGAAAACCUCGAUCAGAAAUUAAAGGAAACUGAUCCAAAUGCCAAACCCGCUGCUGCCGAUGCCUCCUCUUCAACUUCUCCCGAUAACUCUUCCGAAACUAAAGCUGAAACUAAAGCUUAA